GGGCACCCCAUCAUUGAUCAUCCAACUUCUGGCACGAGCUAGGGCUUGACAUCCAUCUCGAAUAUUGGAAGGAUGCUCCCGUCUGCGGCUGAGCUUGUCGCCCGGUUCCUGCGGGCCAAUGGAUAUGAUGAGACACUAAACAGCUUCAUCAAAGAGGCAGGCCUACCCCUUGAUGUCGGCGCUGCCUCAGAUGGGUUGGUCACAAUCGAAACAGUCCUGCAGGAGAAGAAAACUUUCGACCUCAGCCUUAACUUUGAGAAGCUUGGCGUGGUGGACAAGGAGCGCGCAUGGGCUGUCCAGGCGCCUACUAAGCCAAUAGUCGUGGAAUCCCUACCAACUCGGUCCAAUCUACUCAGCGUGUCCGUAGUAAACCUAUCACUGCCGUCGGCAACAGAAACCCGACAAUACAUCGCUGUGACUACGGCAAGUAGACAACUGCACCUGAUUGAUCCUAGCACACCGACACUAGACCUAGUGCACUCCUAUUCUGGCUUCCAAGAUUCACCCAUUCUGGACAUUGUUGCUAUAGCGUCUCGCUAUUUAUUGAUCGCUUCCAUGUCCGGCAAGCUCCACCUUCACGACACAGCAAGCGACAAGACUCUAGACGAACGAAAGGAUCAUUCCAAAUACCUCGUCAAGCUAGCGACUUGGUCGAGUGGCAACUCUGUUCUAAUUGCCAGUGCCGGAUGGGAUGCCAAGGUUCUCCUAUACGAGCUUGAUAUCAGUGCUGUUCUUCCGCAGCUUGGGGAACCGAUAGCCACGCUAUCUCUCCCGAGCAUCCCGGAAACGAUUUGUUUCGUUCCAUCGCCUGAGGGCGGGACGCCAGUUCUGCUAAUGGCUCGUAGAGAUUCCACUUUCUUAUAUUACUACGUACUUCCUAGGGCAGGAUCACCAGGAUUUACUCUUCUUGGAAAGCAGAACCUAGCUCCACACUCUAAUGCAUGGGUUGCCUUCACACCUGCAGACGUACAGAUCUGUCCUACGAACCCACUCUUGGUUGCUGUCGCUACGUCUUCAACGCCACACAUGAAACUACUUGUGGUGAAGCUUCUACUUCCACCUAUGGGAGCUUUAGAAGUUGAUGCAGCUGUCAGCCCAGACCCAGUAGAAUCAGUUACGCAAGCUUCGCAGGCGCGUGCUGAACUUGUUGUUGCAGAUAGAGAAGAGGCAGCUAUUUUCGUGAACGUUUCUACUCUGGCGCCACAAACAGCUUACUCCACGCCGCGGAUAGUGUGGCGUCCUGAUGGUUCUGGCGUAUACGUCAGCUCCGAUGACGGAGUCAUUCGAGGGAUCGAAGCAAACAGCGGGAGGCUCAUUGCAUCCUUAGAGGCCCACGAACCUGGGUCGAAGCUACGGUGUCUAUGGGCGGGUCACAUACAGACAAAUGCGGUGGACGGCUCAUCAUCCCCUGGCUAUAACGAGUAUCUCAUCAGUGGCGGCUUCGAUCAGAAGCUGAUCCUUUGGAGUCCAUAGUAACCUUACUGUAAGCCUCACUCGGAAGUCUGGAGAAACUCGGCCUCGCGUGUUUUGGCGUAUGGUUGCAUACUGCCGACGGCGAGGUGCCUUCUAUGCAGCAG